CAUCAACGAGGCCCAUCGACAGGCUCUAACCAGCCAACCAACACGCGCGCAGGUGUGCGGAAUGACGUGGAAGGUCCACUCUCGCCACACACCCCACACACGCCGCACACACCUGCAGAACCUAUCCCACACACGGCCGACGGAACGGGCGAUGGACUGCUUAGAAAGCCAGCAGAUGCACCG